UAGCAGGGAUAGAAGGAGGGGACAGCUGACAGAGACUUGAAGUUUGUCUCUGUACUGUUUGCCUUCUCUGCCCAGCUCCUGAUCAGCAAUUAGCUAACCAUGGAUGAUAUUUACAAGGCAGCAGUUGAGCAGUUGACAGAAGAGCAGAAAAACGAAUUCAAGGCGGCCUUUGACAUCUUCGUCCUGGGUGCCGAGGAUGGAUGCAUCAGCACGAAGGAGCUGGGCAAGGUGAUGAGAAUGCUGGGGCAGACCCAGACCCCAGAGGAGCUGCAGGAGAUGAUAGACGAGGUGGAUGAAGACGGCAGUGGCACUGUAGACUUUGAUGAGUUCUUAGUUAUGAUGGUCCGGUGUAUGAAAGAUGACAGCAAAGGAAAAUCAGAAGAGGAACUCUCGGAUCUCUUCAGAAUGUUUGAUAAAAAUGCUGAUGGAUACAUUGACCUUGAUGAACUAAAGAUCAUGCUACAGGCUACCGGAGAGACCAUCACUGAAGAUGACAUAGAGGAGCUGAUGAAGGAUGGAGACAAAAACAACGACGGCAAGAUCGACUAUGACGAAUUCCUGGAGUUCAUGAAGGGCGUUGAAUAAAUCUGAAGCAAGACACGCAGCCUUAACUUUUAAAGCCCUCUGAUUCCUCCUCUCGUCCAUGUGGUUGUAUCCCCUCGGCUGCUAGUAUGAAGACUAAGUGCUGAACAGGCUGGCCCUCAAGAGAAUACACCGUGUUUGCUAUUAAGUGCCUCAGAGGGUCAUUCUAUGGCUAUUUAAGUAAGAGAACUGUAAUAAUUAUCAAAGAUGUUGCUAGCAAACAUGACAGAGCCAAGUCUUGAGUCCCUUGACAAACUCUGAAGCAGAUAAUGCAUCUGUAAAGAAUAUUUUCCCUAAGCACCUAACACUGUAAAAAGCAAAACCGGUGACUGCCAGAGAGUUGCAGGGCACUGAACAUGCAUGUAACCCCUCUCGGAGUUCCUCAGUCCCUGCAUAUUUCUUACAGUUACCCACUGAAUCAAGCACAUGGAACAAAUUCCUGUUCCUAGUGAAAUCGCUGGGAGUUUGCCAUUGGAUUUGAUGUUCCCACGAUUUGGCUCUUGGCUCCUGAUGGGUUGAAUCACACCACCUAGAACGUCUGACAAUGAAACCGUUAGCAUUUGGACCUUCAACUGAAUGAUGAUUUGAGACACUUAAGCUGCGACUGAAUACUGUGAUUUAACCAGGACAAUCUCUGUGCUUCCUCCACUUCUCACCAUUGGCUUCAAGUGUGAUGCAAAGCCACAAUGUGUACAGAAAUAAGAUUCCUUUUUGAAAUGCUAAUAAAAUAAUCCGCAAGAUGGACUGUUA